GUCCCUCUCUCUCGCUCACACGGAUCCCCUUAUCACACUCUUCUUAUGAUUUUAUUUUUUGUUUCUCUUCCGACGGCGUUUUUGUCCUUGUCAGCUGUCUUUGCGAUUCCUUGUCCGGAGGAAUUUUCGAGUGUCGGUGUGCUGUGAAAGACAGAAGUGGAAAACAAGAAGGAAAAAAAUAAUGAAGAUAAUUAUUUACCUUCCUUUUAUUCUCAAUAUAUAUAUUUUUUCAUAUUCAAUCAUUUCGUUCUUUUGUUUAUUUCCACGUGACACACUGUGGUAGAAAUGCGGUAGAAGAGUGCCAAGGAAAAUGUGAAUAGAUGAUAUACAGCAAAAAAAAAAAAAAAUUAAAUCUUCAAGACUAUAAUAAGCUUGUGUUGUGAAUUUUCCCAUUAAAUAAACUUUAUUUUAAGAACCAGAAAACAUUUCACCAUGGAGGCGAUAGCAAAACAUGACUUUAACGCCACAGCUGAGGAUGAGCUCAGUUUUAGGAAAGGGCAGAUUCUUAAGGUACUAAAUAUGGAAGAUGACAUGAACUGGUUCAGAGCAGAGCUAGAUGGCAGAGAAGGACUCAUCCCAAGCAACUACAUUGAGAUGAAGAGCCAUGAUUGGUAUUACGGAAGGAUAACUCGCGCAGAUGCAGAAAAACUCUUGCUUAAUAAACACGAAGGAGCUUUCCUCAUCCGAGUUAGCGAGAGUUCUCCGGGAGAUUUUUCUUUAUCCGUCAAUGUUGCAUCAGAUGCAAAUGUAAACCCUCAGUCAUCACAAGG